GAGCCUCAGUAUUCGCGGGACCACCAUCCCGUCACAGUGGCGGGAGCCAGUGCUUGACGAUUACCGAUAAAUUGUUUACUAAAUAUACCCCACCUCGGUUGGAAUCAAUCAGUGAUCUCGUGACAUUCUGACACUUGAUAGAAUCUCCAAACACCUCCAAAAUGAUUACAGCGUUACCAGUGCCUUCGGUGAAGGUUUUUCACAAAACCUACUACCAUGAGAAAGGCCAGAGAAUUGGAAAUAGUCAACCGGGCAGUCCACUUACGGAUAAUGAGGCUGCGCUAGCUCUGAUGGAGAAGGAUGAACUCGAGUACUACUUUUGUGGAAAGAUAAACGCUCUUCACGUGGUGGUAUGUUCGCUGCUGGCAGGAGCUAUUGUUCUUGUGGUUGGACUGGUGCAGUUGGCACCUGGUGCCGAAGCUGCUCAAAAUUCAACAGCACUCAUUGGUGGUGGAUGCGCCCUCUUGUCCAUUGGGGCACUUCUGGCACAGCUAAGAGCCCUUUGGAUAAGGAGACAGAAGGCCGCACAGAAGGAUGGCACUCAUCAGAGAAGUGUCACGAGUAUAGACAUGCUUUUAGCACAGCACAGGGACUUCACCGUCCUAACACCGGACGAACUCGAGGAUCUCGUGGGCCGACCCACCCCAGCUCUUGAAAGCAAAAUUCGUAAACAAGGUCACAAUACCUAGGUAUUACAAGCCUCGAAAAGGGUAACAUCAGCAUCACCCUGUGCAACAACACCCUCAUCGCUAUCCUCGUCAUCCGCAUCACCCGGUACCAGCUCCUCCAUUCUCUACACGCAUCGUUACGAUUCACGUGAGCACAGUCUUGUCUGAGAAUAAACGUAUAUAAACAACUUGUGAAUAAAAUCACCACCUAAUAAAUCAAAGAUGUCAAGGACUCGAGACACUAGACCAUUUAUCUGAGGAGAAAUUUUUCUGAAAGUACUGGUGAUUCAAAGAACACAUCCACAACAUCAUCGAUCUAAUUACCAUUAAUAAUACGACAUGGACAAGUCCAAUUAAAUUAUAAAUAAUUAAUAAACAACGUAAGGAAUUUAACAAUUUGAAUUUCAUGAUAAUUUCGUCGAAUAUAAGUGAAUUAGAUUUUUAAUGAUUAAAAGUGUAAUUUUUUUUUUUUUGAUGGAAUUGUCGACGAGGCGUGUCCUUGAAGGACCAAUAAAUACGUACUUAUUUCUGGCGUCAAUGUGUUCGAACUGAAAACAUUAUCUUGUAAUUCCUGAGGAAUACGAGUUGAUCGAAAUCACCUGGGGAAAGAAGGUGGAGAGGUAAACGUUGAAAACGUUUGCAAUCAUAAAUUAUGAAGGAAUAAGUCUGACACAAUGGUUUAUAAGUACGUCUGUGGUGAAACAUCUGCAUAAGUUCUCGGGAGUUUAUAUUCAAACAGUGACAAGGAUAGGCCAAAAGAUCAUAAAACUUUCAAGCCGAUUGAAAUUACUGUCCCAGUGAUGAGAAUAACCAACUUGUUCCUUCAAAUCGAGUCUAGAAUAGUAGAAUUUAAGACACAACUCUUUUCAUUCUCACUCUCAAUAUUUACAUAUUAAUUACGGAUAAUAUUGAUUAGAGUUAUGAGGAUAAAUGUGAGCAUUGCACGUGCACAGUGCUGAUCAAUGUUGCAUCAAUGAAAUUUUUUAUACAAAAAGAGGGAAAACCAUGAAACAUAAAGCACGAAUACAAUAAUGACGAUUUUUUCAAGAUUUUUGGAAUUAGCCAAAAAUUAGCUGCCAAAUUAUAGAGUAAUUUUUGAGGUUUAAACGAGAGGUGAAGGGGGGAUUUUUAUUUUUGUUAUGCACUACGCUUGAUACUGAAUAUAUUGUUUUAUAUUAUAUGGUGAGAAGAAGAUACUGAUAUCGUAGUUAUUGGGAAUGGUUCUAACAAAAAUAUUACAAAAACUAAAUGCCAAAUAAUUGUGGUUAAAUUUAAUUAAUUAUUCUGAAAUUUUUCAUUGGGACAAAAAAAUAGAAUUUAUUCUUUGCGUUUUUGCAUCUUGCGAACGUGGGAGGGAAUUCACUUUUUGCAUUCAAAGUGCAAGAAUAGUAAACUUGAUGAAUUUAUAACAAUUAAAAAACUAAUAAAAGUAAAAGUUUUUAUCGACAAAAACAACUUCACAAAACUAUUAUCGGAAAUUUUUUGAAAAAACUACUCACGUCAUUCUCCCGCAUAAAAAUAAAUUCCUGAUACUGAUAACAGUAUUUCUCUUCUCCCCGUUACCAAUUAAUUUCACUGGAAUAAUAUCAAAGAAACAUAAUCACACUCCUCACGUGCAUUUAAUGUUAGCACUGAAAAUAUAAUUUAGAAAACAAGAGGCAUGAGUUGUAUCAGAGUCAUGAUAAUUGAAAAUUAUUUUUUACAUCGAAGGGAAAUGACAAGAAUGGCUCUGGAAGGGGAGAAAAAAUUUUUUCGACAAUGAGCUGUGAGGUUUUUAUUGUAAUUGGACCACAGAGGAAACUCGUGUGGUAUUUGUAAUUUUAAGGAAUGAUCAGAGAUGAAUUUUUUCUGUGAACGAAAUUACGAGACAUAUCUCAUUAAGUGAGAGAACAGAGGUGAGAAAUAUUUUUUUAUUGAUCGAAUGUCUACGAUCCAUGAAAAUACUGAGGUCCUUGGCAAGUAAUAUAUAUGAGUAAAUCGAGAUAGCAUUUUGUUGCUAUUUGUCCCUAUUGAGUAUGCAGUGAGAGGAAUGAUUAUUGGAGGAGAUUGCCCGCACGAUGCAUUUCAUUGAGAAAAUUGUUUCUUUCGGAAUUUAUUCUAUUACAUCGGUCAUUCUGCAGUUGUGUGGAAUGAAAAUAAAAUUCAGCAUAAUGAAACUUUAAUGAUAUUAUACUCUAUAUAAUUUAAAAUGUCUAUUUCUCCGGUAAUUUAUGAAAAUUUGUAAUUUCAGUAUUUACCCAACUUCCACAUUCGUCAAGAAUUGAAAAAUCCUUCCAGAAUGUUUGAGAAAGUUGGAGCCUUUUCCAAAAAUAUCUCCAGAUUAUUAAAUCACCUCGCAACCUUUUCUGCAGAUUCAAGAAAUGCUUUGGAGUUCGGAAAAAAUUAAAGAAAUUCCUAAGCAUUGUCUCCAUGACCUCAUCUUAAUAUUCCGUUGUCUUACUCGAAAACUUGAAAACGGUCGAAUAUUUCCCGAUAACUUUAUUGACUAUAAAAACAUAUGUCAAGUCUCACAGGUUAAAAGAAUCCUAAGGGCUAGCACACAGAUUGUCUUGUGAAAUUCUUGAAAUUUCCAAGUGAAGUAAAAUUGUCUCAUCCUUAACAUUUCAUUUCAUCCAUCUGCAGAACUGAUAUCGACUAAACUAUUUGGAUCAAUUUUAGAGCUGUUCAUCUUACCGAGGCUUUAAAAUAAAAGAUUAAUAUUAAAUGAAUGCGCACACAUAGACUUAAAUUUUUUAUAACGGUGCUGAAGAAUAAAAAAUUGUCGUAAAGAUAUUGAAAUUAAUGAUGUUCUUGAAACGCAUUUAAUCUUGCUGCUGUCAGAACUACAUAUUGAACCUUGAAAUCAAUUAAGCUGUUAAAUCGUCUUUUAAAUUGUCUAAUAUUUUAUCUAUUAAAUUUAACAAUGUAAUUUAUCUAGCCCUAUCACUUGCAAGGCAAAUAGAACACCAGGUUAACAAUACCCAGCUGUCAAAAGGUCAUGAAUAAGUUCACUCAAUAACCAAAUACAUCAGUAAAAAUACGCCACGUAUGCAAGUGAUUAUCAAAGAAGAAAGUCUAUUAAUGCUUAGUGUAUAAUAAAUCGAGUUGGAUACCAAAAUUCUACUUUAAUUAAAUAAUAAAUACAGUGUAAUCCUUCGUAAUAAGUAAAUUUUAUCAAAAUGACUUACUCGUUCAAUCGCUUUAAAAUUACAAUGUAUAUUUUAUAAGCAAAUAACGUUAAUUAAAUACUAAUUGAUUAUUAUAAUAAAGAU